AUGUUCGUACUAGCUGCGCGCUCCCAACUUAAUCUUCACGAGAUUGAACUAGAGUUACUUCACGUUAGGGCGUCGAGGUAUUUGUCAGGCAGGUCUUUGUUUGCAGCGGUGCACAUUGAACUCGAGCAUUCUGAUUUGAGUUUGUAUUUGCUUUCUCAGCUGCAGAAUCGGUAUUCCGUUCCUAUAUUUCUAACUAUUAAUAGCUGGGAGAUGAGUGGGUUCACUGGGCCAGAUUCAACUACCGUAUUAGUACCGGUAGAUAAGAGAUACUCAACCAACCACCUUGUAGCUGUCGCAGAUGGGUCCCCGUUGAGGGUUACGCCGAAGUUACAAGCUUGGGAAUAUCUAACUUUUUACUAUUAUUACGAGUACACGCAAUCUAUGGCCGAUCUCGCAGAGUGCUCGUGUUCUUCAACGCUGGCACUUGUGCAAAUGAUCCCGCAACUCAGUUACUCCCAAUUGGCAGGGAUAUGUACUGUUUCUGAAAAGCCUGUUACACUACAAGCAGUCUGGGCCGCUCCAUUGGGGUUCGAGAUAUUAAUAUUCGCUAUGACUUUACAUAAGUGCUUGGAACAUGCAAAGACCCAACAGCUGCAAGUGCCGCUACUUCGGACCUUGUAUCGAGACGGAUUCCUAUACUUCCUUGUCAUUGUAGUGAUGCGCAUCCUCAACCUGGCUCUAUGGAUCGUUGCACCGGUCUCCUUGAUUUACCUCGGAUUAUAUUUUAUCUGGGCCCUCAUAACUCUACUUAUCUCCCGUUUAUUACUUAAUCUCCGGAAUGUUUCGAAUCACACACAAUGGUCGGCAGAAACUGAUGUCAAAGGACUCAGUAUAAUGCAAUUUGCUCCUCGGUCGGAUCUUGACGACGUCCCGAAAUCAAAAGCACCAGUGUCUUCAACCGGAUUCACGAAUUCGACGAGAUUGACAGAUGUAAUGGAGUGGGAAGAAGAGGAAGAGGAAGAGGACAAAGAGGGCCCGGAUUUCGAUCCUGAGGAGAGGCGGGCGAGUAAAAGACGACAAGAGCAGGAUGUUGAAAUUGCCAGCCCUGACGAAGAUAUGGAGAUGGGGCCUAUUCGAAGGGGCAUUACUCGACAUUUCAUCGUUAACGAAGGAGGUUCCGAUCAAGGCGCAUAA